AAAGCAUCUGCUUUAUAUUUUAUAAAAAAUCAAUUAGAAUACCUAAAAGUCACACAACACAAUGGAUAAAAACAGUGCUGCCUUGGUAAAGAAACUACAAUCCGAAUUGGAAGUCUAUCAAAACUUGCAAAAAACAUGCAUGAAAUUGGUUAAACAACGUACACUGCUGGAAAGCCAAUUGAAUGAGAACAAAUGUGUCUUGGACGAAUUGAAUCUUUUGGGCCCCGACAAUAAAGUCUACAAAUUAUAUGGACCGGUGUUGGUAAAACAAGAGCUCGAGGAAUCUCGUCAAAAUGUUGGUAAACGUAUUGAAUACAUUUCCAAAGAAUUGAAGAGCUCCACCGACACUCUGGAAAGUAUGGAAAAGGAUAUGGCUAAACAUCGGGAAUCUGUGCAAAAGUUGCAACAACAAUAUCAAGUAGCUUUGGCCAUGAAAUAAAUUGA